GUUGGAUUCCAAUAAAACAAAUAAAUAAAGUAAAUCCAGCUUCACUUCUUCCAAUAUGAUGAUCUGUCCCCUACCACACCUUAUCGCUUUGCCCUUCCUCCGCUAGCAAUGGCAACGGAUCGCGACGCCGAAGUCGACGUCGAGCUCUUCUCCAUCGUCCGCGUCUACAAGAGCGGCCGCUUCGAGCGCCUUACCGGCGACGACGUCGUCCCCGCUGGUGUCGACUCGGACACCGGCGUCGCGUCCAAGGACGUGGUCAUCGACCCGAACGCCGGCAUCUCCGCCCGUCUCUUCCUCCCUGAUGUCUCCUGCCUCCCGCACGCUAAGCUGCCGGUGCUCGUCUACUACCACGGCGGCGGCUUCUGCAUCGAGUCGCCCUUCUCCUCGAGGUAUACCAGCUUCCUCAACUCCCUGGUGGCCAAGGCCAAGGUGAUCGCGGUGUCGGUCUGCUACCGUCUGGCGCCCGAGCAUCCGCUGCCCACUGCCUACCACGAUUCGCUGGCGGCGCUCCGGUGGGUCGCGUCGCACGCUGACGGCGGCGAGGAGAGCUGGCUGGCGGAGCACGGGGACUUGGGCCGCUUGUUCGUGUCGGGCGACAGCGCCGGGGCCAACAUAGCCCACCACGUGGCCCGCUUAGCGGGGAUCAGCGGAUUGGGGACCGGCGCGAGGAUCAAAGGGGCGGCGCUGAUACAUCCCUACUUCUGGGGGGAGGAGCCGGUGGGAUCGGAGACGAGGGACAGGGAGACGAGAGAGAAAUCGGAGAGGCUGUGGAGGCUGGUGUGCCCCGGGACGACGGGGAUGGACGACACGCUGAUCAACCCGCUGGCGGAGGGGGCGCCGGGGCUGAAGGGGCUGGCCUGCGAGCGCGUGCUGGUGGAGGUGGCGGGGGACGACCUGCUGAGGGAAAGAGGCAGGGCGUACUACGAUGGGCUGAAGGCGAGCGGGUGGGGAGGUGAGGCGGAGAUGGUCGAGACAGACGGGGAGGGGCAUGUCUUCCACCUCGACAAUCCUGCUUCCGACAAGGCUUUGGCCUUCAUGGAUCGCUUGGUUGCCUUUCUCAACCGAGACUGAAGUGUUCUUCUUAUCAGUCGUGAGUCAAUAAAGCAUUUGCUCCAUCGAUGCAAGCUGUCAUUAGAUAUGGUCUCUAUCUAUGACAGUAGCUGUAGUGUCGAGGGAGGCGUAUCAAUGAUUGUGUUAAUGAUAUGCUCUUCAGCUGUUUGAUGAGUAUGGUAAGGAAGAUGAUGAAUCCCAUCAUCUGCAGCAAUGGAAUAUUUAUAUUCUUCCA